UUCCCAGUCCCGUUCCCGCCAUGGCCACCGCGCGGGCACCGGCGGCGCGAGGCGGGGCCCGGCCCCCCGAGCCCCCCAAGCCCAAGCCUGCAGAGGAGAGUGAUGCACCCCCAGCCAAGCGAGCGCCCAUCUUCUAUGGGAGCCUGGAGGAGAAGGAGCGGGAGCGCCUGGCCAAGGGCGAGUCAGGGCUGCUGGGCAAGGAGGGCAUGAAGGCUGCCAUGGAGGCUGGCAACAUCAACAUCAGCAGUGGGGAGGUGUUUGACCUCGAGGACCACAUGAGCGAGCGCCAGGCCGAGGUGCUGGCYGAGUUUGAGCGCCGCAAGCGCGCCCGGCAGAUCAACGUCUCCACCGAUGACUCCGAGGUCAAGGCCUGCCUGAGGGCCCUGGGGGAGCCCAUCACGCUCUUCGGAGAGGGGCCUGCGGAGCGCAGGGAGAGGUUAAGGAACAUCCUCUCAGUGGUCGGCACAGAUGCAUUAAAAAAGACCAGGAAAGAUGAUGACAGGUCAAAAAAGUCCAAGGAAGAGUAUCAGCAAACCUGGUACCACGAGGGCCCUCGCAGUCUGAAAACAGCCAGGCUGUGGCUGGCCAACUACUCCCUCCCCAGGGCAGCGAAGCGGCUGGARGAGGCUCGGCUGCUCAAGGAAAUUCCUGAGGCCACCAGGACAUCCCAGAGGCAGGAGCUGCACAAAUCCCUGCGGUCCUUGAAUAACUUCUGCAGUCAGAUCGGGGAUGACCGCCCGCUGUCCUACUGCCACUUCAGCCCCAACUCCAAACUCCUUGCCACAGCCUGCUGGAGUGGGCUGUGCAAACUCUGGUCUGUGCCUGACUGCAACCUGGUUCACACCUUACGAGGACACAGUACCAACGUGGGGGCAAUUGUGUUYCACCCCAAGGCCACCGUGUCCCUGGACAAGAAGGACGUCAGCCUGGCCUCGUGCGCAGCYGACGGCUCUGUCAAACUCUGGAACCUGGAAAGUGAUGAACCGGUGGCAGACAUCGAAGGACACAGCAUGAGAGUGGCCCGUGUGAUGUGGCACCCGUCUGGGAGGUUCCUGGGCACCACCUGCUACGAUCACUCGUGGCGCCUGUGGGACCUGGAGGCACAGGAGGAGAUCCUGCACCAGGAGGGGCACAGCAARGGUGUCUAUGACAUCGCCUUCCACACCGACGGCUCCCUGGCUGGCACGGGAGGUCUGGAUGCCUUUGGCCGGGUGUGGGACCUGCGCACAGGACGCUGUAUCAUGUUCCUGGAGGGGCAUCUGAAGGAGAUCUACGGCAUCAACUUCUCCCCAAACGGGUACCACGUGGCCACGGGCAGUGGGGACAACACCUGCAAGGUGUGGGACCUGCGGCAGAGGAAGUGCAUCUACACCAUCCCUGCCCACCAGAACCUGGUCACUGGCGUCCGCUUCGAACCCAACCACGGGAAUUUCCUGCUGACGGGUGCCUACGACAACACAGCCAAGAUCUGGACCCACCCCGGCUGGUCCCCGCUCAAGACACUGGCGGGCCACGAGGGGAAGGUGAUGGGCCUGGACAUCUCCCUGGAUGGGCAGCUCAUUGCCACCUGCUCCUAUGACAGAACCUUCAAGCUCUGGACAGCCGAGUAG